CCUUUCUUGACAAGAAGUAGUCAUUACUAGAACUAAGUAGGCAAAGGAAUGAGCUAGAUAUCUUAUUGGUGUCGUAAAACAGCGAAGCUCGACAAAUACUUCCAUCUGGUAAUCAUUAUGAACACCUCGGAGAAGAACGAUGAUAAUACCGAUUCUUUGGGCGGCGAGCAGGAUGAGGAAAUCCGUCAAAUACUAAACUCAAUCGAAAGCUUUGAAGAUGUCUGCAAAACAUACAAGUCGAAGAGUGCCCAAGAACUAAGCGCUCAAAAUACAAGUGAAAUACCGAAGUCUGAUCAGGAAAAGGUCAAAACGGGAUUCUCGGAAAAUUGUUCUACACCCAAACCGGAGAAAACUAAUUCUGAGGCAGAUCCUGAUAGCGAUUAUACCGGGUUUCUUAAGCAGAUGAGCGUUCGUUACUCACAAUUUCGCAUAGCCUCGGGUCAAGUGAUUCAACAAAAAGGACAAACAAUGGAUUACCGCGAUUAUAGCUAUAACGAAUAUCCAGUUGGCUUACCUUCCUGUAGCUGGCAAUCUUCUAACCCAAGUGGCCAGGACUUGAACUCCAGAAUUCCUUGUGGACCAGGACAGAUGGAGUCUCCAUCCUGUUCGACCCAGCAAAUGUCCCAAAACUCCAGCUACUACAACUAUGGACAUUCUCUGCCGGAGGUUGGCUCAGGAUCGGAUGAGACCAUUGUCAACAGACCCAGUGCUCCCACUUUAACUGCCUGUGAAAAUACUUGCUGCUCCAAGGAAUCUGGCCAGCCAAACGGUUUUUGCCGUUGCGAUCAGGGAAAUCCUGGCCAGGAACAGCAGCUGAUGCCAGUGCCCAUGGGCGUUGAUCCCUGUACGGGAUUUCCCAUCUACUGUUACUCUACACCAGGUAAUUAUCCUGGCAAUCCAAUGUACUCCAUGCCAGCCAUGCAAGUGGAUCAAACGCAACGAGGAGGCGGUGGCCAACACAAUUUAAACAUGGGAACCACAUCAAGAGGCACUUCAUCAUCUUCCGCCGAAAGUUGUCUUCCCAAUGUGGCUAGUGUUUCAUUCAAUCAAAAUUCCAACAACUCUAAUAUGGCAGACUUCAUGCGAAAGUACCAGAAAAGUGUUGAGCAGUGUUAUGCCUCUGCCCACCAAGGAACUCAACAGUCCUUUGCCAACGCUCAAACUCAGCCGUAUUACAACGGCAUCCCUCAGGGUAAUCAACAAUUUUAUACCAAUCCCAAUGAAGGUUAUCACCAAAUGUUUGGCAGUUUUAAUACCGUGAAUCCUGCGGGACCCCCUUAUGAGAAUACACAGCAAGCUUUUAGUUCCCCUCUGGGUGCUCAACAAUAUUAUAACAAUCCUGUCCCAGGUUCCCAACAAUACUUUCACCCAUCGAUGGCCAUGCAUGCCCCCAACUUCUAUGGCCAUAAUACGGGCUUUUUGAACGAUUCACUGCAGGCCCAAACAGUGUAUUCAUCUGAUUACAAGCCAUUUGCCAACGAAGGCAACCAUUUCAACCACUUCCCCAAUGGCAUAGACAGCGGCAUGACCCCCGAAUCCUGUCCCAUCUGCGGUCCAGCUGGAACCGCUGGCCUGGCUGAGAUGGGCGCCGGAGGUCAGGUCUAUGCCAUGGGCGGUGUCUGUGAAAUGAACAUGAACUCCUAUCCCCUGAGUCAGAUGAGUUAUUCAAGUCCUUAUAGCUACGAGAUGCCCGCAUCCUCAACCAGCUAUAUUCCAUCAACAGGUAUGGCCAUGGCCAGUCCUCAAAUUCAAUCUGGACAUAUGAAUGGUGGAAAUCCAGUGUAUCCUCGCUAAAUAUGACGGAAAGCCUUACAUGUGGAAAUGAAAAAUGGUACAAUAAUUGGUAUUGACUAAAUAAAAUGUUGAAAUAAAAUGUUGAACAAAUAAA